AUGCUCCGGCUGUCACAAAUACAAAGAGACAGGGCUGUAGGCAUGAUCCAGGCUGGGGAGUCUCGCCGUCGAGCUGCACGGCAUUAUGGCCAUGAUAGUGAUAUUAACAAAAGUGAUAGCAUUAAAAACAACAGUGAUACAAACAACGGUGAUAGUGAUACAUGCAAGAGUGAUAGUAAUUCAGACAACAAUGAUAGUGACACAAACAGCAUUGAUAGUGAUACAAACAACAGUGAUAGUGAUACAAACAACAGUGAUAGUGAUUCAGACAACAAUGAUAGUGACACAAACAGCAAUGAUAGUGAUACAAACAACAGUGAUAGUGAUACAGACAAUAGUGAUACUGAUACAAACAACAGUGAUAAAAACAACAGUGAUAGUGAUUCAGACAACAACGAUAGUGACACAAACAGCAAUAAUAGUGAUACAGACAACAGUGAUAGUGAUACAGACAAUAGUGAUACUGAUACAAACAACAGUGAUACAAACAACAGUGAUAGUGAUUCAGACAACAACGAUAGUGACACAAACAGCAAUAAUAGUGAUACAGACAACAGUUAUAGUGAUACAGACAAUAGUGAUACUGAUACAAACAACAGUGAUAAAAACAACAGUGAUAGUGAAACAAACAACAGUGAUACAAACAACAGUGAUACUGAUACAAACAACAGUGAUAGUGAUACAAACAACAGUGAUAGUGAUACAAACAACAGUGAUAGUGACACAAACAGUGAUAGUGAUACAAACAACAGUGAUAGUGAUACAAACAACAGUGAUAGUGAUACAAAAAAUAGUGAUAGAGAUAAAACACAGUGA